GGCGCCUUAGCAACCGAGCAGCGUUCGCGCUUAGCAACCGGUUUAUAGGAAACAUUUCACAGGACGAACCUCGAUGUGGGAGCUGGAAAUGCAUUUUUAACCAAACAACAAGCGACGUAUUUAGAUUUCCCUCCAAAUAUAUGCUUUAUUUAGACGGAUAAACGUGACCCUGCUGUCAGACAGUGAAUUUGUAGAAGUAAUGAUGAACUGUCAACUGACGUGUGUGAAGGAAUGUGCCUAAAGUAGCUUAGCUUAGCUUAGCAUAGCUAUGUGGCUAGGUGUAGUUUGUGAUAAAGUUUGUCUUUUUGUGAAUAACGUGUUUUAAGAAAAUCAUGUCUCAAAGAGAAAACGUGGGACAGAAUGAUGAAGACAUUACGAGAGAGUUGUGUGCGUGUAACGGCUUGUCCUACGAGAAGAUAUGUGAGGAUGCGACUGGUGUAGAAGCUCUUGAGAUGUUCUUCUCGGGUUUUCCCCGUAUGGUGGAACUCUGUCUGUUCCCACGGCUGCUCACGCUCACCAUAGUGGGACAGAGCGUCCACGUGAUCCAGGGCCUGGACGACUGCCCGCUGCUCCGGGAGCUCUGGGUGGCAGAGUGUCAGCUCACUGAGAUCUCAGGUCUGCAAAAGUGUGUGCAGCUGCAGAAACUUUACCUCUAUGAUAAUAAGAUCAGUGAGAUGAGUGAACUGGAGUCUCUGAUAAACCUGCGUGUCCUCUGGCUCAAUAACAACCUCAUCUCUAAGAUCAAGGGCUUGAGCACACUGGAGAACCUGACAGAACUCAACCUAGCUGAUAAUCUCAUUACCUCUAUAGGAAAAACUCUAGAGCAAAACAAGAAUCUCCAAAUUCUCAAUCUGUCAGGGAAUAUGAUCAGCUCUUUUAAGGAGUUGACCCAGCUGGCAUGUCUGCCUGAACUGAGAGAACUUGCGCUGAACGACCCACAGUCGAGUCCCAACCCUGUGUGUACGUUGUGUAAUUACUUCACACACUUGUUGUACCACAUCCCAACGUUACACACACUUGACUCGUACGACGUGUCUGCAAAAAACAUCAAGGAUGCUGCCGAGUUGACAGUGAUGAAAAAGAGGAUGUACUAUCACAUGCGUGUGCGCUGUGUUCAGAGACAGCUUGAUCAGACAAAACACACACUGCUGCAACAGAAAAGGAAACUGCAGCAGCUGCCUGAGGACAGAAUACACACACUCAGCUACGCACUCAAACAUUGUGAGUGUGAGUUCAGGUCUGCAGGCAGGAAGUUGGCAACUUUGCGAGAGGAAGUGACAUUGGAGCAGUCACGGGAAUACAUGACCUCUGACCUUUCUGAAUAUGAGCGCGGCCUGAAGAACAAACUGGAGGCAAUCAGAGAACGGAUAAAGAUAUGGGAACAGAGAUUAGAGGAGGUGGAGAAACGUUUCCAGCAGGACGUUGCCAUGGCAUCAGACAGGAAGGACAUGUCAGUGCACUUCUUGGUGAUGGAACUGGAGACAGUGGGAAACAUUCGUUUUGAGGAAGGAAACACCAGCCAUGUCUGGUUUAAGCCGUGUUACGACCUGCUGCUCUCACGGUUCUGUGCUUCGGACUACAAAGCGUACAACAUCACCGGCAUCAAAAUCAACAGAAUCGUGCGCGUGUAUAACCGCGUUCUGCGUCUGCUCUUUGAGGACAAGCUGCGAGCUCUGCUGGCGAACAACAGCUCCUCACCUUACUUACAAAAUUACAGACGUUGCCUGGAGUAUCUGUUUUAUGUGUUCGACAUUGAGCGAAGCACAAAAAAACAGCGUACCCACGAGAUCCUGAACAUCCUGGAGAACGGGUUUAAAUCCUCUGGCAGUAACGAGGUCAUGAGGAGAGACUGUGCUGUGCCUCUAUCCAACAGUCUUAGCACAUGUGAGGAGCCACAUAUGAGAUUUGUUCAGAGAAAAGCCAGCGGACGUGGAAGCAGAAGCUCAGAGAACCUUCUGCUCGUCACACAGGGUCAGCUGAUUGUCUCUAAAGCAUUCCUGGGUCACAGCGUUCCACUUAGAGACGGAGUGUCAGUGGACGCAGAGUUUUAUCCCAGAGCUCACUCAGUGUACCGCAGAGCAAGCGCUAAGCAACACACCACCAUGCAGAACAACACAGGUGAAGCGUGUUCCUCUGAGCUGCAGGGAUGCUGUGACUGCAGUCAGAGACAAACGCUGUGGUACAUUUUUGACCACGAGCUCGUUCUGCCGGAGUAUCUCAUCGAAUUUGAAUACGUCACACAGGAGAGAUCCCUGACCUCCUGCUCAUCUACCCCAGGCCCUCCCAAUACCCCUGUUGCUCCAGAGGGUGAUAAGCAGGCUUUGGAUAAGCAGGCUUUGGAUAAGCAGGCUUUGGAUAAGCAGGCUUUGGAUAAGCAGGCUUUGGAUGAGCAGGCUUUGGAUGAGCAGGUUUUAACUCUUGAGCCGAUCCCAAAGCCACACAUCAAACUGCAGUGUCUGGAUGAGAGAAGCGUGCUGACUGCAGCCCGAGCAAACGUCCUCAGCCAGAUCACUGUGCUGAAUCUUCACGGGAACAAUCUGAGCCGACUGCAGGAGAUUUCUCACCUCAAAGCCCUGCGUCAGCUGACCAUCAGCUUUAACACACUCACACACCUGGACGACAUUUCACACCUGCCUAAUCUGGAGCGUGUAGAUGCCAGUUUUAACCAGAUCGUGACUCUGGAAGGUGUUCGAGGACUUCCCUGUCUCAGAGAGCUGGACCUGCGCUGGAACCAGCUGAGCCGAGUCCGAGAGGAGACGAGUGUCCUGCACAAACACACACCGUCCCUGCAGUGCCUCCAUAUCAGACACAACCCGUGGAGUCAGGGUGAAUCUGUGAAGAUGGUGGUAUUGGGCUGGUUAAAAACUCUCACUCACUUGGAUGGAGUGUUAGUGACGGAGGAGGACGUGGCAGCUGCAACACACAUGAGCUCCACCAACAAGAUCAACUUGAUGUUGCUGCUCUCUCACUCCCGCACUAAUGCCACUCGUCCGCAAUGCUUGAGUCUUCUCCCUGCAGCCCAGCUCCUCACACACCUCAUUCCAUCACCAUGGAAACACACCACUGACCUCGAACCUGGAUGGAGUGCCAAGAUCACAGCGGUGAAUUUGGAUGGUCAGCGUCUGUCCCGCAUCAGCAGUUUGGAGCAGUUGGUGAAUUUGCGCUGGGCUUCGUUUAAUAACAACCAACUCACCAACAUUGAGGGGCUGCAACACUGCACCCUACUGGAGGAGCUGUCACUGAAUCACAACUAUAUCUGUACACUAGAUGGCUUGUCUAAGCUCCAGCGUCUGAUGCGACUCAGCGUUAACAGUAACCAGCUGCGGUGUUUGGAUGCCUCCGUGUUGAAACACCUGACGGAUCUUCACUUCCUGUCUGCCGAGGACAACUGCAUUUCUUCUUUGCAGGGGGUUCCGAAGUUACACUUCCUGUUUGAGCUGUACGUCGGCAACAACAACAUCCGCACCUCGCGAGACAUCUAUCACCUGAAGCCGCUGAGUAACCUGAUCAUCUUGGAUUUGUACGGCAACCCAUUAACGAGGGCGCUGGACAAUUAUCGAGCUUAUGUCAUCUUUCACCUGCCAUCUCUGAAAGCACUGGAUGGGACUCCUGUGGAGCUGUCAGAGUGUGAGAAUGCGAAGGACAUGUUUGGAGGAAGGCUGAUGGUGGACAUGUUGGGUGAGAAACUUGGUCAGUAUAACUACAGAGAGAUGGAGAAGCUGGAGCUCCCUGGCUGCUCCGUCAGGAUGGUGGAUCUGGCUCCUGCUGAUCUCUUUGUGAAUUUACGCAGCGUGAAUCUGGAGCGGAACAACCUCACGUCCUUCAGCGGUCUCGUCAACCUGCCCAACGUCAAGGUGUUGUAUCUGAACUACAACCACAUUAAGUCGAUUCUGCCACGUCAGAAAGCACACACUCACCUUAGCAACAAACAGCAGCUCUAUCAGAAGGUUCACUCCAGUGGCUACGGACAACAGAGCAACAAGAACGGCAGUAGGGAGGGUGUGUGUGUGGAGAGUCUGGAGCCUCUCAUGUGCAGCUUGGAGGUUCUCCAUCUCGGUUAUAAUGGCAUCUCAAACCUGAGUGAUGUGCAACUGAGUCGCCUCAGCAGCCUUAGAGCUCUGUUCCUGCAGGGUAACGAGAUAGUGCACGUGGAGGGUUUGGAUGGUCUGUGUCUCCUGCGUGAGUUAGUGUUGGAUCAGAACCGAGUGAAGACGCUUUGUGAGAAAUGGUUCAGCUCACACACACGCCUGAUUGAGCUGAGCCUGAAUGACAACCGCCUGCGCAGCCUCACACACCUGCCGCUCACACACCUGCAGCGCCUGCACCUCAACAACAACAAGCUGAAGGAUAUCAAUGAAUUGGAAAAACUGGAGAUUCUUACAUCACUUAUAGAACUGUCUGUGGUGGGCAAUCCGGUGGCACGGCGCUCCCUCCACAGGCCGUCUGUGGUUCUGAAUCUCCCACAACUUCAGGUACUGGAUGGAAUCACAAUCACAAUGCAGGAACGAACACGAGCAGAGUUACUUUACACUGAGGACACACCUUACUCUGUGGACACGCCGUUUCCUUUCGUAGUGUGUCGUGCUCCACCUGUCCGAAACUUAGCCCUAGGGGUUGGUGUGCACCACCUGUUUGGUCACGAGAGCUUUAUCAGCAUUCCUGCUGAGGACACACACUAUAAACGCACAGAAAAGAGGCAGAGAGCGGGAGUGACACAAGCAUUCAGCGCUCAGAGUAAUACACUCAGGGGAGCACUGAGUCUCACAGGAAUGCUGCACCAUGGCCACCGAGCAUAUAACACACACACGGAGUCUGAGAGCAGGUAUCCCAGUGGGACUAAGCGUCCUCCUCCUUACACUGAUGUGUGAGCUCCUCCUCUGUGUGUGUGUGUGUGUAUAUUGUAUGAAGGAUUGUGUUUAAACAACACAGAACUACUGCAGCAAAAGUGACAGCAGAACUUAAUAUCCACCUUGGAUGGAAAACACGGUGUCAUGAUCAUAAACCCCGAAGAGCUGUGAAGAUUUAGGAGGCCGUAUCUUCCCUUUCUGAUGUCCAUUAUUGGUCGUGUUACUGCCAGUAUGGAUGCAUCCUACGGUCCAAAUGUUGUUUCCAAACAAUGAUGGCAUUUUAUGAUAACGUGACCAUAAGCACAGCCACAAACAGUUCAGUGUUGGUUUGAGGAGCCGUGCUGAAUCUCACCUGAGCCUGAUUUCAAUUAUUCAUUCAUUCACUCAAUCAUCUUCUACCGCUUAUCCGAACUUCUCGGGUCACGGGGAGCCUGUGCCUAUCUCAGGCGUCAUCGGGCAUCGAGGCAGGAUACACCCUGGACGGAGUGCCAACCCAUCACAGGGCACACACACACUCUCAUUCACACACACACUCACACACUAC